UAUAAGUGUCACAAAUACAAACCUAAUUAAAUUCUAGCAAAUUUUAUUUUUGUCUUGCCGGUAAUUGCAAUUACAUUAUGUCUAUACCAGAUUUAGCUGUGGAAAUAGUUAACAAAACUUUAAAAGAUGCGAACGAAGAUACUGCACGCACUAUAAUUUUGGUUGGUAGUAAGUCUGCAGGCAAGUCACAUCUAUUGUACAGUUUUCUGGAAAAAUCUGAGACUCCACGAGAGACUUUAGUAUUAGAAUAUUCUUUUGGCAGAAAAUCAUCUCAAAAGCCUGGCAUGGAUAAGACAAUUUGUCAUGUUUGGGAAUACGGUGGUAAAUUAGAGAUGUUGCACAGUGUCCUAAUAUCAGUUCCUAUUAAAGGAAAGUUCUAUUUCUGUAUUAUGGUGGACUUGAGCAAGAUUAAAACCAUAUGGAAUGUGCUAGAAACGUGUUAUCAAGCAAUGAAAGAAAACUAUUCUGAUUCAGAUUAUCAUCCCGAGUUAGUAAUAAUCGGAGGAAAAUAUGAUAUUUUCAAAAAUUAUGAUAGUGAAAUUAAGAAGGUAAUCAGUACGACAAUGAGGAGUUUUGCACUCAUAUCCAACGGAAAUUUGUUGUUCUAUUCUUCAAAGGAACCGCAAUUGGUACGACGAGCUAAAGAGAUGUUCUUUAACAUGGGAUUUGGAAAUGGAGUUUCAUUGAAAGAAAAGAAUACAAAUUAUUCUAAGCCUUUAAGCAUCUCUAAGGGCCAAGACACUUGGGAAAAUAUAGGAAUUCCUCAGUCUACACUGGACCAAAUAAAACAGCGUCACAUAUCCCGUAUUACUCCCGAAAUGGAUAUAAAUCAGGAAGUUAAGCCGUUACAACGCAGCCAUCCAGAACCUAUCCUGGACUCGCUCGCGACUCUAAAAUACGACGAGCUCCGUAAUAUGGAGCAUUUUGAUCCAGCUCUAAACGAAUAUUUAAUGUUAAUUAAUUAAAAUCAAGGGUGGCAAUGCAUCCGGAAAACUAUGUUGCGGAUGUUCAUGAGCGACUUUAACUACCUCCAUCAGGGAGGCCGUGUACUCGCUUGACGCCUUUGAAAUUACUAAAAAUAACUUUUUGAACCGAUAAACAAAUUAAAAUAUGAACAUUAAUAAUUAUACAUUUGAUAUGAGACGAAAUUGCCGGGUCCAUUGCGUUGCAGGGAGAGGAGCUUCAACAGUGCCCGGGACUUGCGACCCAGGUGUAGGUUUAAGGGACCCCUAUCUACCGCGCGUUAAACACUCACCUCCACUGUCCAAGCUCCGCUCUCUACCUAACCAAAUUUGAAACAAACCUGCUAGGGCUGCCUUCGACGCACGUUCCAACAAUGAACUGAUGUUAGUUCUUGGCAGGCUUAAGUCUUUUAGAAGGUUGUAGAGAGAUUUGGCUGUUAUACCUCUCGCUCCUACUUCUACCGCGUACAAAUUUACAACGAACAUUUUCUUAGUGUGUUUGUUAGUGAGCUCGUAAUACUUGUUGACCUUGAUGGCAUGAUCUUUAGGGAUGUUGGUUAAAUGUACGUAUAUAUUUAAUAUCUUAUUUAUUUUGUAUCUCCGUCAAACACUUUAAUAUAAGCUUAACAUUGAAUUGAAUUAGUGCCAUCUCCUGUAAUAAAAUGAAAAUCUUGCCUUGAGAGAUAGUUCCAUUAUAUUUACAUCAUCACGCCACCAAUGGAUAUUUUAAGGCUUUUUAUAUAUAAAUCUUCGCACAGUAUAGUGUGACGAUGCAAAGUUGUGAUAAGUAUACUGGCUCUCUCAUCAAUAAUACUCUGGAGUUCUGCCGUCCGAAGAUAGCACACUGUUACACCCCCCGUCGCAACAUUCCCUUGAACAACGUCUUAAGCUGAAGUGUUGCCUCUUUGAGGCAUUCAUAGAAGGGACGUACUUCCUGAGCCGUCAGACCCAUAUUUAAAGGCAGGUCCGAUUCGGACCACUCAACCUUCCUGAUGACGCUGUCAAAGACAAUAACAAUAGGGCUUGCAGCUAUAAUCCAUCACAUCUUAGUGGUUUCACUAUAAACAAAUAUGAUACUGGUUAUAGAUAAAAAAAAAUCUAUGAAAACCGGUGUAUGUAUAACAAAAAACACUUGAUGAUCAACACAUGUUGAAUGUAAAUUAGGCGUUCGGUUGUGUAAAUCAUAUAUUGAUUAGUGUUCUCGUAUAAUUCUGAUAACAGAGUGAUUACUUUUAAAAGGUGUUUAUUUUUAUAAUAUUAUAUAGUUCAAAACAUUAAUAUUAUGUUAUAAUUGCAAUGCUUACAUUUCCAGACGAUGCUGGACGCACUCAUUGUCUUACAUUAAUUAUUAAGUAUUCUAAUCCUGAUUCUCUUGAAGGUUGUUAUGUUUAGAUAUUUUUUUGAUUAUACAUAUAUUCUUAGUAUGCUGAUUACAUUUUUUUUUGUCCCACUGCAAUUUUUUUCAUUUAAUAUACAUAUAGUAUAGUAUAUAAUUUAUCUUACUUUUUGAGACUCUCUCUGUCUAAAUACUUAUAUUUUAUAUCAUUUGGCCGUUGAAAUGUAUGUGUAAAUUAUAUUUUUUUAA